CUUGUGGAAAAAACUCUUUGUUUUCCUUCAAUUUAUGAGAAACACGACGACUUUGGUUUUCAUACCCUAAAGUUUUCUUUGCGAAGAAGAAAAGAAAAGAAAUAAAAAAUAAAAAUAACAAUUAAAGAUAAAAAAAUUCAUCCUCUGCUUUCUCGUUCAAGCUCUACAGUACACAACUUUGCAUCCAUUCAACUCCCAAUUCUCACAGUUCGUUAGAGAGAGAACAAUUGGAGCUCGAUUACGGCUUUAAUCUAACUAAAUAACCGGAAAAUUUCCUUGAUUACUUGGCUUUUUCGACGUUGGUUUCCAUUUAAUUACAGGGCUGAGGUGCUUCUCUCAAGUUUGUGUUCUAACUAUAAAAACAAUUAUAUUUGUGGGUUUAUCUGUAAGGCGAUUUGGAAUCUGGGCUUUUGUUGCAAGCUAUGGAGGCUUCUACCGUGGUUAUCAAGGUCAGGUAUGGGGAUACACUCAGGCGCUUCAUUGCCAAAAUUAUUGAUGAGGGACUGAAUUUCAAUAUGGAUGGACUAAGAAGACAAAUAUUUUUCCUCUUCGACUUUCCUGCAGAUACGUUGCUCACGCUGACCUAUGUUGAUGAAGAUGGUGAUGAGGUAGCACUUAUUGAUGAUGAUGAUCUGCGUGAUGUGGUGAGACAGGCCCUGAACCCCUUGAGGAUUACUGUGAAAUGUCCUCCUUCAAGCGGAAGUUUUCCUCCCUUGUCUCCAGUUCAGACACCCUUUCAGAAUCUGAACCCCAAUAUCUUCGAAAUUUUGAAAACUGUACCGGAACCUCUACAGGAAACUGUAAAGAAGCUCUUGACUGAGUUGGCAUCAAAAGUGUCCUCAUCUGUGCCAGGUAUAGCCGAGCUUGUUGACCACUUCUCAGAGAUGGGUCUGUCCUACCUUGAUCAUCUUUCUGAUUCCCAACCUGUAGUGCAGUCUAAUGCCCAGAAUGAGUUUCGUGAAAGUACCACAGACACUAAGCUCUGGAAUUCCUCUGAGUUUUUUCCAUCGACAUCAAAUGUCCCAAGCAUCAGACCAGAUGAGAGAUCUUUGAAAAGCCAUGAGAACUUGGCAAAAUACAUACCUGAGACUACCUCAGAAAUAAGUGAGGUCAAACUGGGAACUGUAAAAGGAGGUAGCAUGGAGGCCUCAUCUUCGAAAGCUGUGAAUGUUGAUGUUGACAACCCUUGUGUUGAUUCUCUAUGUGAAUCAUUAGGCUUGGAUCCUAAACCGAGCGAUGUUCCUGUCUCUUCUUUCUCACAAGAAAAAUUCUUCACAGGAACCUCCAGUUCUGAUUCAAGUGAGACUCAUUUUAUACCUUCUAAUUACUCCCAGAAGGUUCUUAAUUCUGGGCUAUAUUGUCUCCGAUCGAAGAAUGCCAAGUUGGGUGCUCCCACUAGUUAUCCCGCACAUACACCAUGGAACGAUCCAGAUGGCAGUUUAAAAUAUUUAUCUAAUGAUGACAUUUGGAUGGACCCUAAUCCUGUGGAUGAGAUUUCAUUUUCUGCAGUACCUGCAGGAAAUGACUCUGCUAUCCCAUCACAUUCUGAUUCUCAAAGAAGAAGCAUUAGUCAGAAUGAUGGCACUGGAAGUAUCUUCCAUUGGGGCAUUCGUUGCGAUGGUUGUGGGGUCUACCCAAUAACUGGUCCUAGAUUCAAGUCAAAAGUAAAAGAGGAUUAUGAUCUUUGCAGAAUCUGCUUUGCAGAAAUGGAAAAUGAUGCUGACUACAUCAGAAUGGAUCAUCCAAUGCCUUAUCAACGCCCCUUACCUAGCAAGGGGUUGCAUGGCCGUUUGCAGCAUGCCAGGGCUCGGGCUGCAACACUUCCACAGGCUAUCAUGGGUUUCAAGGUUAAACCAGUUGCACCCAAAUUUGACAGUCGCUUCAUUCAGGAUGUGAAUAUCAUAGAUGAUACUGUGAUGGCCCCUUUAACUCCAUUUACCAAGAUUUGGCGGAUGAGAAACAAUGGUACAGUUGUGUGGCCCCAGAGAACACAACUUGUGUGGAUUGGAGGAGACAAACUAAAUAAUGCGCUUGCUAUCGAUGUGGAGGUUCCUGCAGCUGGUUUACCAGUAGAACAGGAGCUAGAUGUCGCAGUUGAUUUUAUUGCUCCUAAGAUUCCUGGUCAGUAUAUCUCAUACUGGAGGAUGGCCUUGCCUACUGGCCAAAAGUUUGGACAACGUAUUUGGGUUCUCAUCCAGGUUGAUGCUUCUAUUAAGGAGACACCACAUGAAAGUGUUCGUGACUUGAAUCUUAAUUUGCCGCCUCCAAGCAACGACUUAACUGGGCCAGAAAUAAUAAAUUUGGAUCUAAAACCAAUGGUGGAGGACAGUCACCCUGAGCCCAUUAACUCCAAUGACACCAUGGAAGUAGGGGAAUCAAUUGUUGAUGCACAGCCAGGCAAUGAGCACGAAAAGAGAUUCCCCAUCAAUGAUAGCUUGUUGGUUGGCAGUGGUGCUGCAUCAAACUUUGUCCCUUCGGCACCACCUUCAUUUUUACCGUAUCCUAUUAUUGAUCUCUCAGAGGUAGCACCGCCUUUACCUUCUCAAGCUCCACCUGCUCCUGUGGUGCUUCCACUUCUGGCAAAUCCACCCCAACUGGUAUCAGAAAAGAAUGAAGUAGAGGAGAAACUACUUGGGGAACUUGAGGCAAUGGGCUUUACACUGGUUGAUUUGAACAAGGAGAUUUUGAGGAAGAAUGAUUAUGACUUGCAGAAAACAGUGGAUGAUCUUUGUGGAGUUUCUGAAUGGAAUACUAUUCUCGAGGAACUUCGGGAGAUGGGUUUUCACGAUACAGAACUGAACAAGAAACUGCUGAAGAAGAACGAUGGAAGUAUUACGCUUGUGGUCAUGGAUCUUAUCGAUGGAGAGGAGCAGUAGUCUAAAUAAAAGGUCCAAUAUCGCCCUGUUAAUUAGUAUAUAAAAGCUAUAAAUAAAUGUACGGAUGUUAGGAGCUCGUUAUGGUGCCUGUUCAUCAUGUUUUGCUGGGAUUUUUUUCUAGUAUACAUGUGAAUUUCCCAGUCAACUGUCGGAGCUAUGUGCAGUGAACUCAUCUACUAGUUGUUUAUGUAUCUGAUGAUAUUUAUACCUGGUUAUGGCUACAUGGUGUUCUUUGGCUUU